AUGUCAAGGUCGACAACACCUGCGCUGCCUCUGCAUAAUGCACCCAAAAUCGAAACACCGCAACCUUCAUCGACCGACCUUCUAGGCGGCCGGCCGGAUGCUCCCUCAUCGGCUUCAACCUCCACAUACUCUUGGCUCGAGCCCUAUGAGACCGCCGAACGACUUCACACCUCCCUCCAUCACGGCUUAACCCCCGCAGAAGCUGAGAUCCGUCUUGCUCGUGAUGGUCCCAAUGAGCUUCCCCAUGAGGAACCCGAGCCACUGUGGUUGCGGUUCCUCAAGCAAUUCAAGGAAACCCUGAUCCUCCUCCUCCUUGGCUCAGCCGGUAUCUCAUUUGUGAUGGGCAACUACGACGAUGCUAUAAGUAUUACUCUUGCAGUCACCAUCGUCGUGACCGUUGGCUUCGUUCAGGAGUAUAGGUCGGAGAAAUCGCUGGAGGCACUCGGUCGACUCGUUCCACACUUCGCCCACCUCAUCCGUGAUUUGCCUUCGAGGACUGCCGCAGCUGAUCAUGCCAGCACAUCGGAAUCCGGUGAAGAAACGGAGGAACUCCGGAGUAAGAGUCCUGGCACGGCAUCCGCUGCGCUCAAGGCAUCCACCACGGUCCCCGCCGCCGACUUGGUGCCGGGUGACCUGGUGCUUUUCUCUACAGGAGACCGUAUCCCCGCAGAUAUUCGCAUUACUCACGCAACCGAUCUUACAAUCGACGAAUCGAAUCUUACCGGUGAAAACGAGCCGGUGGUAAAGUUCAGCGCGGCACUUCGUCACCAUGCCCAUGGUGGGACCCUCGCAGCUCCCAGCGUCACCAAGCCUCCUCGAUCGCCAUUCUAUGAUGCCCCCGCGUCAGGGGCCGUUGGUGCCGAUAUUCGUCUCAAUGAGCAACACAACAUUGCGUUUAUGGGUACACUUGUGCGCUCGGGUCAUGGUCAGGGCAUCGUUAUCUCAACCGGGGCAAAGACCGAGUUCGGAAGUAUCUCGAUCUCUCUGCAGGAGAUUGAGAGUCCGCGAACCCCACUGCAACUGUCCAUGGAUCGGCUUGGACAAGAACUGAGCUAUAUUUCGUUCGGUGUCAUCGCUCUGAUUGUUGUGAUUGGUCUCUUCCAGGGCCGUAAAAUCCUUGAAAUGUUUACUAUUGGCGUCUCGCUCGCAGUGGCAGCUAUUCCCGAGGGCCUGCCGAUUAUUGUCACUGUGACCCUCGCUCUUGGCGUGCUGCGUAUGGCCAAGCGGGGAGCUAUCAUGCGCAGGCUUCCCAGUGUCGAGACCCUCGGCUCUGUCAAUGUUGUCUGCAGUGACAAAACCGGUACUCUCACCCUCAACCAUAUGACUGUUACAAAGAUGUGGCAUUUCGACUCAACCGAGCCAUUUGAGGUUCAGCCUGCCCGUACCAUUCUCCGAGUCGGCAACAUUGCAAACAACGCUCGCCUUUCCCGUACCCACGCCAACUCCCCAGCUAGUGCAUCGUCUGCGGCAGUGCUAUCUUCCACCUUAGACCGGAAUUCCAGUGCUGUCAAAAGCCGCUGGGUGGGGCAGCCAACUGACGUUGCCAUUCUGGAUCUAUUGGACACUUUAGGAGAAGAUGAUGUCCGUGAGCGUAUCAGUGCCCGUGUAUCCGAAACUCCAUUUAGCUCCGAGCGUAAGUGGAUGGGUGUUAUCAUUGGUAGCGGCAGCCCCGGUGAUUCUGAUGUUGCCUAUAUUAAGGGCGCUCUGGAACAAGUUCUGGCUCGCUCGGACACAUACUUGACCAAGGAUGGCCGGGAGGUUAUUCUUGAUGAGCCCCGUCGUAAUAUUAUUCGCCAAGCUGCAGAGCAUAUGGCCAGCGAGGGCCUCCGAGUCCUUGCAUUUGCCAGCGGUGCGGUGCGAAGCUCGUCGAGAGGCAUGAAAGGGUUCAACAGCCGUUCCAACACACCCAAGGGCAGCCCUGCCGAUGAUGAUGAUCGCUAUAAUGGACUAGUCUUUGCCGGCCUUGUCGGUAUGAAUGAUCCUCCUCGUCGAGAUGUCCACAAAUCAAUCCGCCGUCUGAUGCACGGUGGUGUGCGAGUCAUAAUGAUUACCGGUGAUGCUGAGACCACGGCGGUAGCUAUUGCGAAGAAGCUUGGAAUGCCGGUCAAUGAAGGCGCCGGCGCACGUUCAGUCAUCCGCGGUGAUGAACUUGACCGCAUGACCAUGGCCGAACUCACUCAGGCGAUCGCGACAACUUCCAUUUUCGCCCGAACAAGCCCAGACCACAAGAUGAAGAUCGUGACUGCACUUCAGUCUCGAGGUGAUGUUGUUGCCAUGACCGGUGAUGGUGUUAAUGAUGCACCCGCUCUGAAGAAGGCCGACAUUGGAAUUUCGAUGGGCAAGCUUGGCACAGACGUUGCCAAGGAGGCCGCAGACAUGAUUCUCACCGAUGACGACUUCUCGACAAUCCUUCGAGCGAUUGAGCAGGGCAAGGGUAUCUUCUAUAAUAUUCAAAACUUCAUCACCUUCCAGCUGAGUACCAGCGUGGCUGCGCUCAGUCUCGUACUCCUCAGCACGACCCUCGGCUUCAAGAAUCCACUGAAUGCCAUGCAAAUCCUGUGGAUCAACAUUCUCAUGGACGGACCCCCCGCCCAAUCCCUCGGUGUCGAACCCGUCGACCCUUCAAUCAUGAACCGACCCCCACGCCCCAAAACAGCGCGGGUACUCACAAAACCCCUCAUACAGCGAGUUCUCACCUCCGCCAUGAUAAUCAUGCUCGGCACGCUCGCAAUCUACAUCCACGAAAUGGGCGACAUCGACGACGGACAACCCCUCGGCAAGCGGUCCCGCAUCGUUACAGCCCACGACACCACCAUGACAUUCACCUGCUUCGUGCUUUUCGACAUGUUCAAUGCACUCACCUGCCGAAGCGAAGGCAAGUCCGUCCUCCGCGGCGAAAUCUCCCUCUUCGGCAACAAGAUGUUCAACUACGCCGUCCUGGGCUCCCUAGCCGGUCAAGCCUGCGUCAUCUACCUCCCCUUCUUGCAACGCGUUUUCCAAACCGAGCCGCUGAGCUUUGGCUCGCUGUUCAAACUGCUAUGUCUUGCCAGCUCUGUCUUUUGGGUCGAUGAGGGUCGCAAGUAUAUGCAUUAUCUCCGCCGUCAGCGAGGGCUGGGUGGUGGAUAUAGCGCGAAUGUCUGA